GAAAUGGCUUAUCUUGCUGGGUCGCUCUUUGGCGUCGGUUCGGACACGACUGCUGUUGCGAUUAUGGUUGUCGUCAUGGCUUCUGCAUGCUAUCCCAAGGCUCAGGAGAAAGUGCAAGAAGAACUGGACGUCGUCAUUAGUCGUGACAGAGGUAAGUCGAAUAUCGUUAUUCAUCUGAGUGAAAUCUCAACUUUGUUACAGCUCCCACAUUCGACGACUACAACUCCCCCCGCAGAUGAAGCGUUCAUGCUGGAGUGUCUUCGCUGGAGACCCAUGACGACUCUCGGAUUCACACACCGUGCGCUGACUGAUAUCCCAUACAUACGUUUUUCAAAUACGUGUAUCCCAGAAGGUGCUAUCGUCUUUGGCAACCACUGGGCAAUCUCCCGUGACCCAAGCGUCUACCCCAACCCUGACCAGUUCGAUCCUCAGAGGUGGCUCAACACCGACGGCAAAAUCCGGGACGACCUCAAGUUCCCUUCAUUCGGUUUUGGACGCAGAAUCUGCCCAGGACAACAUAUAGCAAACCGCUCGAUCUUCAUUAACGCUGCGCUCCUCUUGUGGUCUUUCAAGAUCACGCAGGACCCUGAGAACCCAAUUGAUGAGUCGGGUUUUGUGGAUGGUGUUAUUGUGCAUCCUAAGCCGUUUGCUGCGUGUUUUGAACCGAGGUUUGGGAAUGAGGCGGCAUUGAGGGGGGUGAUGGGGAAGUAUGGCGAGGGAUUGUAGGUUCUUGAUCUUGAGCGCGGUUUAUUGUGAGCUUGGGAUGUAAUACUUUCGUUGGUAUUUUGGUGCGAGCGGCUCUUCGGCUUAAUACUGAAAUCAUAUUCAUUUUGGUGUCUGUGGUAGAUGCGACAUGGAGUAUGGUCUUUGUAGAAUCAGUUCGAGACAAUGCGACAGCACUAGGUGAGGCUGAUGGAGAUAAAAGCAUCAGUAUUGCGUGCGUCAAGCAUUCCACUCUGAAUCUCUCUGACAGUACCUUUUCAUCGCGGCAGGAAGCCCAGCAAACCUCGUCUGUAUUAUGAACUACUACUAUUGGUUUGGUCUCGGGUACAACAGGAAGCGAGGCUACUAUUGUGAUGUCAAGGUUCAUA